CCAACCAAAUUACUAACUCUACAAAAUACAGGAAUCGAACGUUGAAGCAAAUCAACGUUGUGUUUUUGAACUGUAACGAUUUCAGUAUGAUUGUAGUACAACAUAAUCCUUGCUACAUAACCGAGGCGAAUGAGACAGAUUUGCAUGCUAAAUGCAACGUUAGCUUUGAAUACAUCCAAUAAAUACUGUGCUGUUUUGUAGCUAGCUAAUGUUAUACGCAAAUAUUUAUGCAUUUUCAACAUACUUCCGUUCUUUAUGUGAGCAUUUACAACCCACUGAGUUAACUUGCUAGCUAAGCUAACUAGCUAGUCAACUAUCCAGCUAGCUAGUUACCUAAUGUAAUACCUGUGCCUUAUCUCAAGCUAGCUGUGUAGCUAGCAACAGUAAAGCUAGCGAACAACAAAGAAAACAAAGCACACACUUCAAGAUUUCCUUCAACAAAUGUAACUUUAGCUAACAUUUGUAUUAAUUUGCUACACGAUGCACUAUGUAGCCCAUUUUAUUAAUUUCAAGAAAUAUUGUCCGUAUCAAAUGUUAUUGGUCACAUACAAAUAUUUAGCAGAUGUUAUUGCGGGUGUAGCGAAAUGUUUGUACUCCAACUGAAUGAUAUCUGAUGAUGUACCCGCCUCAGCUGAAUCAUUACAUUGGGCUACAAUCCUGAGGAACAACAACCGGAAAACACAUGAACGCUUGUGUUCCACAUGUCCGCUGAAAUGGAAGGACUGUGACUAACUGACCAUGGAGUACACCACCGCCACCACCUCAACAGGGGAGCAGAUAGUCGUGCAGACGUCCAAUGGACAGAUCCAACAACAGACUCAGGGCACAAUGACGGCUGUGCAGCUGCAGACCGAGGCGCCGGUAUUGACGGCCUCUGGCCAGCAGGUGCAGACACUCCAGGUCCAAGGCCAGCCCCUAGUGGUGCAGGUGAGCGGAGGGCAGCUGAUCACAUCAUCAGGGCAACCCAUCAUGGUGCAGGCUAUGGGGGGGGGACAGGGACAGACCAUCAUGCAGGUGCCUGUGUCUGGAGGACAGGCACUACAACAGAUCCAGCUACAGGGUGGACAGCAGAUCCAGCUGCAGAACGGUCAGACGAUCCAUCUAGGGGGACAGCAGAUCCAGCUGCAGAACGGCCAGAUGUUACAGCUAGGGGGACAGCAGGGUCAACCCCAACAGAUCAUCAUCCAACAGCCACAACAAGCCAUCACAGCCGGACAGAAUCAGGGCCAGCAGAUCCAGUUGCAGCAGGGCCAGCAGAUCCAGUUGCAGCAGGGCCAGCAGAUUCAGUUGCAGCAGGGCCAGCAGCUUGCGCAGACGGCUGAUGGACAGACCAUCGUCUACCAGCCAGUCAACGCAGAUGGCACCGUCCUGCAACAGGGAAUGAUCACAAUCCCAGCAGGCAGCCUGGCGGGGGCCCAAAUGGUACAGACAGGGGGUGCCAACACCACCACUACCAACAGUGGACAGCAGGGCACUGUGACCGUCACCCUGCCAGUCUCAGGCAACAUGAUGAACGCUGGUGGCAUGGUCAUGAUGAUGCCUAGUGGGGGUGCGGUUCCUGCUAUGCAGCGUAUCCCUCUACCUGGGGCUGAGAUGUUAGAGGAGGAACCUCUGUACGUCAACGCUAAACAGUACCAUCGCAUCCUGAAGAGAAGACAGGCCCGCGCCAAGCUGGAGGCAGAGGGCAAGAUCCCCAAGGAGAGGAGGAAAUAUCUGCAUGAGUCCCGUCACCGCCACGCCAUGCAGCGCAAGAGGGGAGACGGAGGACGCUUCUUUUCUCCCAAGGAGAGGGAGGAGAUGGCCCUGGCCCUGGCCCAGCAACAGGCAGAGCUGGCCGCCCAGGCAGCAGAAGACUCUGUAGCCCAGAUGGUCCGUGUUUCGUAGCAUUCUACACCCCGACAAUGUCUUCCUCCGUAUAUACACACCUCUCGCUAGGCUUGGCCGAUAUACCGUAUACCAGGGUAUUUCCAAAUACCGACAGUAUGAUUUUCAAUACAGUUAAAAAAUAUAUAUAUAAUAAUAUUUUUGUUCGGGGGUGCGUGCUACACCACUGCUUAGAAAUCUAAAAUGUGUCAAAUAAAUGAUAUCCUGGUCAGGGCUCCAGCUAUGCAUUUGGUUUGCUAACUUGCUCGCUAAGUGGCUAGAUGUCAAGAUCAAGCUUCUUGGUUACUGCAAAGACAGUCAAUCCCAUCCUGGAUCAAGAACCCUCAACCUUCUUGCCUAAAUUGUUUAUUGUGUAAUUAUAUAUUAAUAGCUCCCCUUAUGUGCAUUUCCAGUAAUACCCGAUAUGGUACAGAAACGGUGUGACAUUAUGAAAAUCUUGAUACUGCCCAACCUUACCCCUCGCCCAUAUAAGGCUCUGCCGGUAUUCUAUGACUGGGAUUUCUCCAUGAUGAGUCGCUAUGAAUGAACUUUAACCCUUGACCUUUUACUGGAACUGUUGUGCUGUGUCCUGGAAACCAAUACUAAGGUUACAACUAUGAGAUGUUUUACCUUCAUAAAACCCUGGUCGAUGACUUCAUGUUUGCUAAAGCAGUCAUAACUGAUGGUAGUUAGUUGCAGAAUACAUUUCGUUGGUCUUACAGGAGCUUAUUUUUUUGGUGUAUUUUACUGAAGCAAAGACUGUUUACAAAUUCAGCUGUAGGAGUCAAAACGAUGGUAGUUAUUUUUGCCCUGUAUGUAUCUUUUUUGUUGAAACAAGAUAGAAGCCUUGGUCCAUAGGAAUUCUCAACUCAGAUAUUGACAUACUAAAUGAAAAUGGAUAUUUGUUAGAAUGUUUUUGGAAGCACUUCUCGUAGAAAAACAUAGAGGACAAUUGGAAUUUCAGUUUACUUCCUGAAUUGAAAUGGAGUUGACCCCAACACUACUUUUCAGAAGGGUUUUCAAUAUCCAGUCCCCAGUUGUUUGUACAGGGAAUGUAUUUUAUACAACCUUCUUCAUGAUAAAAACUAGAUGUUUGUUGUGAGAUAGACAGCACAUGUAUGUUGCAUUGAUGUCUGAUUACCCAUGUACUUUGUCUGUUUAGCUCUAUGGGGAUCUUUAUUUGAAAAGUACUUUUUAUAUUCUUCUGAUUCUGAAGGACAAUACAUUUUAUUUUUUGUGAUUUACAACAUUGUUUGACUGUGAACUCUUGUGUAACAAUCUGUGAAUUAAAUUGUAUUAGGUUCACUUUG